AUGACCUUGGGUACUCUAUAUUAUGGUGUAUUCAUCCUAGCAUGUGCAGUGACUUUCAAAUUGGUAAGCGAAACUGUCCCUGAACCGUUCAUUGACGAGAUAUUCCACUUGCGUCAGUGCCAAACUUAUUGUGCAUACAAGUUCAAUGAAUGGGAUAACAAAAUCACGACUCCACCUGGACUAUACUUACUAGGAUUCGUGUACUCUAAAAUAAUACUGUUAUUUUUUGUUCAUAGUAAUUCUUUGGUAGAUGUUUGUGGGAACCUGAAUGUACUAAGAUCUGUAAACUUGUUUGGUGGAGCUAUUGUAUUAGCAUUGAUAUUGAAUGGUCUUUCUCCAGCGAAUUUUGAGAAAAGGAACUACUACAUAGCCAACGUAAUAUCAAGCCCUCUUCUUUACACGUACUACUUCUUAUUUUAUACAGACGUUUGGGCUAGUAUACUAGUAAUUUUAGCGCUAUAUCUCGUAGUUAAAAGACCAAUUGGCAACUUGGUCAGCAUUUUUAUCAGUGCAUUGGUUUCUUUUAUCAGCUUAUGGUUCAGACAGACAAACAUCCUCUGGGUGAUAUUUGUAGUAGUGGUCUUAAUCGACCAAAGAAAGAAAACAAAAAAUGAAGGUUUGACAUUGACUACAUGUAAAGAUUUCCUUUUACAAGCGUUUAAGGAUAUCGUUAUGGUUGCACCUUUUGCAUUGGUCACUGUUGCAUUUGCUGGGUUUGUCGUUUACAAUGGAGGUGUUACACUUGGUGACAAAGAAAACCAUAAAUUUAACCUUCAUGUUGUGCAAGUGUUUUAUUGCUUUUCGUUUAUAACAUUCUUUACUGUUCCAGUUUGGCUCUCAGUGCAAACCUUGAAGAGGUAUUUAAAAUUUACUUUAGGCUCAGCAUUGAAAGUAGCAUUUACCGUUCUUUCAUUUGUGGGGAUUAAAUACAUAGUGGAUAAUUUCACAAUAGUUCAUCCCUUUUUGCUUGCCGAUAAUCGCCACUACACGUUUUACAUAUGGAGAAAGAUCCUUAGAGUAAAGUAUAGUUGGAUAUGUUUGGUGCCCGUGUACCACUUCAGCACCUGGACAGUUGUUCUGAACUUGUUGUCCAAUAAAUCCUCACUCAAGUUAGAACCAAUAUCCAUCAUAGCAUUUAUUGGCUGUACUUGUAUAACCAUCAUUCCUUCUCCGCUCUUCGAACCAAGGUACUACAUCUUACCUUUGCUUAUAUUUAGAAUAUUUACUAGCCCAAAGAGCGAAAAGCAUUUGUCCUUCGAAUUUGCCUGGAAUAUGCUCAUUAAUUUGGUUACUGUGACUAUAUUCAUCAAUUUUGAAUUCCCUUGGGAUACAGAAACUUUCCCACAGAGAAUUAUCUGGUAG